AUGCUUCACCCUGUCACCUUGCAGGUUGUCCUAUGCAGUCUGGCCUUCGCGGUCAAGAUUGCAGCCAAGGAUGACCCGGAUUUCAAUCCGUUUUACAAUUUCCGACCCAAUAAUGUGACUCUUAACGGUUUGUACUACUGGGUUGGCUCGUACUAUAAUGGAACAGCACACGUGGAAGCUUGGCCCGACGCUGGGCUGGCCGCCAAUUACAGCUCUCUGUGUCCGCCUCUUGCCAACACUACAAUGACUCGCCAAUAUGACACCGUUCUGGCCCUUACUGAGCCCAGCAAUUAUAAUUAUGGCUUUGACCCAGUCAACGCCUUCCUCACCAUGUGGCCUUCUGGCUUCAAUUUCUCCUCAUUGUCCACUUCACCGAUAGAAGUAUAUGCCGUGGACUAUUCCCCAUACUUGGAAUUCGCCUUGUAUUCAUCUUACCCUACCUACUCGCUGGGCCCUCCUUUCUGGGUGGUUGGAGAUGCUAACAACAAUUUUGACUGGACGCUUGACCCAACUCAUGGUCCACCAUACACCCUUUCUAGUACCAUUGAUAACUAUAACGGCAUUGGAGGCGACCAGGCCUUCUUGAUAAAUGGCACCGAUUGCAACGGAACUGGCGAAAUCGAAUGGUCUUUCAGCCCCGCCGCUUUGAGCAGCUAUGCAAAUCGCCUAGCCUUGCCUAAUCCCACUGUUGAUCUCCAAUUCGAUGAGAAAACAGCCAACCUCUCUGUACAGGGGUAUUUUUACGGCUCUCCCUAUAAUACUGGCGAGCUUCUCACAGUGGGAAAGUUUAGAUUAAGCUUCUCCGGUGUGUUGGAUGCUUAUCACUCGGAUGUUCUGGUAAACAACACUGCCACGCCGACUUGGCUGCGCACUGUGGGAUUUAAUAACAACUCCCAAAAUGUCGGGUAUACCGGUGCGGCAAGUGGCCCAUAUGUGGCAGGACCUCUCGCAAUCGCUGCUUGGAUAUUCGUGAUGUUCCGAGCCGUGUUCCUGAAUCUUUGA